GCGCCUCAUUUUCUGGACACAUAUAUUUAUAAGAGUAUUUUUUAUCAAGCGUAUUUAUUUCCAUGUCCCAGUGUAAUGCAGAUUUGCCUCACGUUUGUCUUUUUGAACUGUUUGUCGUGACUCGAGCAUGAUCAGUGAUCGAUUCAUUCAGACCGGUUAAAACGAUUCACUGCAAAGGACCGAGUUAAAAGAUCGAACUGUUCACAUGCCAAUCGUCACAAACAGGACAAUUUAUUUAGUAAUAAUGGUCCGCGUUAUUGGUUAUCGUUUAGCUCGUAUUAUAUUUGCCUGUUGCUAAAUUUGUAUUAUUAACGUUACACGAUACGCUAAAGGGUGAAAACUGACGUUUCCGAGACAACUAAAUACGUUUUUCUAUACGCCAUGUUCAGGAGAUAUUUAAAAAAUUACAUGUAGAUUAACAACGGAAUUUGCAGCAGCAGGCCGAUACAUAUUGGUAAGACGAACAACUGAGCACAUUAGAGACACAUGGACAACUAAAAAUAACGUGGCUGACUGACACGUUUUCGAUUUUAGCCAAGUUUGAUGGAUCAGUCGGAAAUUCAGUCUGAAAAAAUGGAACUGGUGGUUGUUACUUAUGUUGUGGAUGCCAUCACGUUUUGGGCUCAGAAUGUGACAGACAAAAUAAAUGAAAAAAUAAAUGCAAUGCUGACAGAAAAGUGUCCCACUGCCCCUAUACUGAUGGGAAGGCCGAGUUCACACAAGGCAAGUUUUAUUUGCUCAAACAUUUAAGUUCGGCAAGUUUAGAUCUGAAUAUUUGCAUAAUUUCCUGUUUAGGUAUAUGCCGCAAGAUUUUCAGAGGACAAGUGUUGGUACAGGUGUACAGUGCAACAGCAAACAGAAGACAAGUUCUAUAUUCUCUACAUUGACUUUGGAAAUAUGGAGAUUGUCAGUCGAUCUGAUUUAGUUGAACUGCCAGAGGAACUGCAAACUGCAGGACUUGCAAAAAAGUACAGGUUCUGGGGAAUUCAUGCGUCAAGCGAACAGGAUUCCGCACUUCAUCCACAGGGGAAAUCUUUCCUUCAUAAUAUGAUUCAUGGAAAAAAGCUGCGUGUCCAUAAAAAAUCUGUUUGCUUUGAUGGAACCAUCCUGGUUGAAGCAUUCCAAGGGAAUCUUGACAUUGGUGAGGAACUUUUGAAAUUUAAGCUUGCCAAAGUCAGUCUUCCAGGCAACAAGGAGAACUCGAUUCCCUCAGUAAAGCUGCAGGAGCACACUGGACUGUGGCCCAGCAGAAGCACAUCAGGGGAGCUGGAAACACUCGGCUCCACACUGGGAUCCAUGCCCAAACUGCGGCCAAUAUUUUCAGUUCAGAAGCCUCCAGAAUUUUUUAGAGAGCAGAAAUCUGCCAUUGAUCUCCAACAUGUGGAGAAACCAAACAUAGAUCAGGAACCUCUUACUGAGAUCAAGUCUUCAACGACAGAUGCAGACGAACAACAGUUGUGCUCUCAGGAUACUGAGCAGGUGCACAAUGAAACUGAAUCUGAACUACAGAGCAUGAGAGAGGUGAUAGAUGAGAAGCAUAUGGAGGAGAUCAAGAAGCUAAAAGAGGAAGGAAGUGCUGUCCAGCUGCAUGUAUUGCUCCUUGGACAGCAGUUAAAGGAGGCCAAAUUAGAGCUUCAGACACUGAAGGAAAGUCAUGAGAAGACAAAAGAGAUUGGAAAUAAUCAUCCUACAACAGUUGCAAACAGAAUUUCCCAGUUGGCUAAAAAAGUGGAUGCUGUGAGGAAACUAAGGGAGAGGAACCCAUGCUCCACUGAUGAAGAACACCUAUUACAGUCCAUAACCAUCAUCAAGAACUACAGGAUUUCAAUGCCCAUGAGCUCAGAGAGGCUGGAACUUGCAUGGAAAGCUUAUGACCAAGCUUUGGAAAAUCUGAAACACUGUCAAACCAUUACAGAAAUACAGCCACUGGUGAACAGCAGGAAUGAGGCUCGUGGUGCUCUUUUACUAACUGUUGAUGACUUCCUGCAGGAGGUAGAUAAGUUUCCUGUCCGUGAACGGGCAAAUCGUCUGAAGGAAGUUGCUUCAUCGUUGACAGCAGUAUUUAGCUCUGUUAUGCUGCCGGAGCAGAUCGAUGAGUACGCGUUUGAAAAAUUCUGUGAGUGGAAAAGACACAAACAACAGAGAAUCAAAACCGUGCAAAAAGCUACAGAUGAGGCUCUCCUUGCUCUUAGUGGUUGGGCAUCCAGUUUUAGCAAGUUUUUGUGUUUGAUGGAGAAAACAUCAGUGACCGAAAAAGAUGUUUCUGAAGGUGUGGAUGAGAUCCUGAUGAAUGCUGACAAUGCCCUGUCUGAAGAACUCGAUACCGAAUUCUCUAAACAAAACAACCAAGACAGGAAAAUAGUGUUUAAUGCCUUUCUCAAAGCUAUGCAAGACAUCCAGAAAGAACAAAGUUUGUUGGAGGACAUAAAGAAAAUGUACGACCUCAACUCUAAGUUUAAGCAGGAAGUACAGCAGUGGCAGAGCAGCCCUCCUAAAGCAGAUGAGUUGUUUGUGGUGAAGAAGCGGAUUAGGAAUUUGCGAUCUCAGCUACGAUGGAAAUUAGUAGAAGUCAGCUGUCUGGAGGAGGCAGAAGAGCUGGAUCUGCCUGAGAUUCUUAAGAAGAAAGAGGAGAUCGCUGAGACAAGGAACGCUCUCUUUCAAGAAAUCAGCCAGGAAAAAAAGCAAUAUAUAAUGCUGUGUGAGCUGGUGAAAAAAAGCUUUCCUGAGUUACCAGUGAUCUAUCCUGAUGCUGAUAUCAAUGAUUAUAUGAGCUCUGCAGGGCUGUUAGUGAAGAGCUUGGACAGAGACAUGUUUGACGCAGAGCCGAUGAAAGAGCUGAGCGGAAAGAGACCUCUUCUUAGUACAGAUUUCCAGGGGCAGAAGGUGGUCCUGAAGUGUUACGCUGUGGAUAGAGAGUCAGAAGUGAAGGUUCUUGAACAAGCUGCAGAGUAUCACAGAGUUCAGCAGAACAAUCCAGCAACAACUGUUCCUCUUCUGGCACUAUUCUGCGGCAAAUCUGAUCCUUUAGCAUACGUCAUGGUACCAGACUACUCUAUUGGAAGUCUCAGAGCCAUUCAGAAAUCCUCUCCACUGUUCUCAUGUGUGAGUAAAUAAAAACUAAACUUUGUACACACACCAGAAGUGGUGA